AUGUCUGAGAACAUCUUCAAAUUGCAGCAACUCAAUUCUCUAUUCAAAUCCAAAAGAGAAAACAAAGCAGAAGAAAAUAAGAAAACUCCAUCCGAAUCCCUCAUCCAAUAUUCCAAUUAAUAAGAAGCCACUCUACAACAAAUCAGAAAAAAACAAUCAUUGCCUGUACCCACCUUAGAAUCAAAACCUACCAUUGAUGUAACCCCAUUAAUUCUAUCCUAGGAACUACUAAACUCCCUAAUUAAACCAAGAGACUGGGAAAUCGAUGGAAGACGAUUAAUGCAAACAGUUUCAAUUGUCCCUCCCUCAAGGGAUGACAUCACCAAUCUGCAAAAACUUCUAGAUGAACGACUCGUUUCUAGGUAGGCUCGAGAGUAUCCCCUUUGUCCAAUCAGAGAAGAAUUGUUUGGUUAAUGUUUUGAUGAAAUUAUCAGACAAGUCACUAUCGAUUGCCAAGAAAGAGGAGUCAUAUUGGCAAGAGUUAGAGACGAUCUAAAUAAGACUAUUGUAGCGUAUAAAACCUUGUAUGAGGGAUCUAUGCCUUUUAGUCUUCAAAAGCAAUUGAAUGCUGAGGAUGGACUUAAUAAAUUAGAAUAAUAAAUUACUAAAUUGAACGAAACCAAACAAGAAUUAGAACUAAAAAAACAAUUUUUGACAAACAAGAAAGAAGCCCUUGAAAGGUCAAUUAAGGAGAAAAAGGAUGCCAAUGAACAAAGGCGAAAGACAGAGAUAGAAUUUUUGAAAUAUCAAAAUUCUCAUUUGGAAUCAUAUCAAAAACAAGUAAAUCCAAAUAAGAAUUAAUGA